AUGAAACGUUGCGCUGGCACAACAGAUGGAAUAUCUGUUGCUGACACGACGAGCUCACCAACCGACCUGCUGCGCUGGACCAAACCCCCAGAACUUGGUCCAAACGUGUCAGGCUCGGUUCGGUUACGCGCCAUCGCUACACACGCGGGGAGUCAGAAGAGCGCGAAUCGUGCGGAGCUCGCGGAGGCAACGGAGGCGGGGUGGUACGGGAAGGCGAUAGAUGAAGAAGGGGCGAAGUCGUGUGGGUACAGAGCGCUCAUUGAGGCGGAGAAGAUCGCCAACCCGGCUCCACUGGGCCUCGCAUCCUUCGCGCUCACCACCUUCGUUCUAUCAGCCCACAACGCAGGGUGGGCGCCGAACCACGUGUGGAUAGGGCUGGCGCUGUUCUACGGCGGCGUGGGGCAGAUCCUGGCGGGCAUGUGGGAGUUCAAACACGACAACGUGUUCGCGUGCACGGCCUUCACGUCCUUCGGCUGCUUUUGGAUGGGCCUCGCCACCUUCAUUCUCCUCGAACGCCUCGGCUGGGUCCCCGAGGAGAUCGUGGCGAGCGCGCUGGGGUGGUACCUGUCAGGGUUCAUGAUUUUCAACACGUACAUGUUCCUCGCCACGCUGCUCAUGCCCAAGACCGUCUGCAUCACCUUCUUCCUGCUCGAAGUCACCUUCGUGCUGCUCGUCAUCGCCAACUUCACGCCCUCCAACAAAAAGUGGACCACCGCCGGAGGCUGGGUCGGCGUCUUCACCGCCAUCUCAGCGGGCGUGACGUCCAUGAUCGCGCUGAUCAACACGGUGGCCAAGCGCAAAGUCAUCGACACUGGCCGCCCCUUCGUUGACUUUGGCCAAGAAAUCUAA